AUGGCGGCCGCGAGGCGGGAUUCGGUGACGACCCUGGAGCAGUUUGUGUCGCAACACGCGCUCCCUGCCACUGUGGAGGUAUCCGAAGGCCUGUACGCGACUACCCUCGACAGUGACUUCUCUAUCGGCGACGUUAUAAGGGUUCUACCUGCACGACACGCGCCCAGGGUGAGAGGUCAACCGCCCAAAGAAGUGGAAGUAGUGACCAGAAACGGCGCCUUACGCAAGACGCUGCCCGUGGACUGGCCCAUCUUCGUGCGCCCGAUCACGUCGGGUGAAGACGACUUCCAGCAGUCCAUGGAUCUCUCUGACCUGUGCCGCAGGUACGGACAGGGCUUCCCGGUCCUGGUAGAGACCACUGAGGGGACAUUUAGCCCCAAGGGUACCGCAGUGAGGAUCCAGAAGGGGGUCCGCCUCACCAUACACUAUGACGUGGCCGCCAGGACCGUGCUGGCGGGGGAUGACAACACAAAGGUGGCCAUUCGAGAGAGCUACCGCGGGGUGUUCGAGAAGAGACCGCACGUGUACCCGACAGUUCACGACCUGUACAUGUCUGAGAUGGAGGGGAAGGUCCGGGCCACAAAAACGGUUCCCGUUUCGCACCCGGACUUGGACUCCGUGUUCGUUGACGACGUUAUAACGCCUACGGGAAAGAAAGGGAGAGUCCCCUGCGACCGCCAACCCACCGGUCAUGUCGAAUAUAUCCUCUGCACCCGCGAACAGAGGAAGGAAAACGGACAAUUUCAAGCAGAGCCGAUCAGAAUUCCCCUCUCCAUGGUCUGUCCGUUUGAAGAGAUCUUGGAAAAGCAUCAGAAGUCGGAGUUUACCUUGAGAGAACUGUUCCGAAACGGACGCCCGGAACUGCCCAUAAGAAUGGCUCUUGUCCGAGGAGAUCCCAAAUUUCCCGACAGAACACUAGCCUACAUGUCCACAAUAACUGUCGAGGGUAUGUACGACGAGACUCACGUGGUGGCGAGCGAGUACGACAACGAAUCUCCGGACAAACCAGUCUUUGAGAUCCCCCUGCACGCUGGUCUCAAGGUCAUACACAAAGUCAAGCUGUACACAGAACUUGAUGGCAGGGUCAAGGUCAAAUACUACCCCAUAGAAACGCUACCCGAGAACAUAUAUUUAGAGAAACGUGCACUCGUCACCGCUUAUGAGGACAUACCUGUAGCGCCCCCCGUCCCGCCCCGCUCUCGGGAAGGUGUGCGGAGUGCGUCGUUAAGCACUCCCGAACCUGAGUCGAUGUCCCCAACCGAAAAAAUCCCGCCUGUACCAAAACACGGAUCGGAAACAGAUAAAGUCCCACCUGUGCCAAGACACGGAUCGGAAAGUGAUAAAGCCCCACCUGUGCCAAGACAUGGAUCGGAGUCACUUCCCACCCCUGCAGUGCAUGGCCGUCCGCGCCACGCGUCGCUACCUGACGAUUGGUUGAGUUCCGGAGCUUCACCCGUUCAAGGCCGCCGCGACGACUCCGGUACCAGUACACUCGGCAUCCACACGCUUCCACUCAAACCGAAAAAGCUUCACAUAAAGAAGGGGUUCAAGAAGUUUAUCAAGCGGGUGAAAGAGGGGCCUUUGAGUCCGAGGGAACAUCCAGAACCCACCACAACGACUACGACAGGUGACGAAGAAACCGACGAGACACAUAUACAGGAGGAAGCACACAGUGAGCUAGACAUACCUGGUCACAGGGAAAGACAAAACGUCAGGAGUUAUAGACAAUCGUCAUACACAGCAGGAGAUGAACAAGAGGACGCUGGUGAAUACGAGUGGAUAGACAGCAGUGAUGAGGACGACGACUAUCUGACGCCCGUGUCCUCCCCCUCAGACCCGGCCAUGUCCUUACCAGCGCAGCUCAUGAAAACAGCGCUGACCAAACAGCUGAGCCACGUGAGUGAGGAGGGUGGCAAUGACAGCGACGGCAGUUACGUCACGCCUGUGACGUCACCCACUACAUUGCAGGCAGGGGAAUAUUCGAGUGAUGACGAUGACGGUAGUCAUGACUACGUGGAAAUGGAGGAGGAGUCAGAGUUUGGGACCGUCAGCGCUCUGAAGGAGAUCCCCAAACCCGCGCCCCGACAUGGUCACAGGCGUGACAAAACAUACCGGGGACAAGGACUCACCAGGACUUCCACUAUCAGUACCACAAGUACAGAUUCAGGUUUCAGUGAUCCGACUCCAGCGGAAAAGACGAUACCGCCACCAGAUUACAACAUUCUAGACUUCUCCACACACGACAUGACCAGGUUACUGCGCUACUUCCACUUUAAGGAGGACACCGUCCACUCCUUCCACACCCAGGCCAUCACCGGACUCACGGUCCUGAACAUCACCUCUAAGCAGAUGGCUGAGGAGUUCCACAUGGAUGAUCUUCAGAUCAAGAUGCUCAGUCACUUUGUUGAGAAGACGAAGGAAGUCAACAGGAUUUCCCUGGCCAGAGCCACAGGUUCAGAAUGUUAGGCCUAGGAAAUCAGUCUUUGGUGCUUAUUAAUGCUAAGAUCACAGUUCCAAACCAGGGCCCAGCCAGGCUGUUCAUAGAACAAAAAGUAAAAGUGUAUAUCAAGAAC